UCCCACCCAUUUGACAUGAACUCGUAUUCGUGUUUCGCCUCUUCAGUAUCCAGUAAUAAUUAACUCUGCAGAAGUGCAGAAUUAACUUUACUCUGAAUGUUCGUCUAAAGACUUGCCGUUAAAGAAAAAUGACUGAACGAAUGUUUGAAGAGAAACAACAUGCCUCCCUCUAUCAACAAUAUCGAUUCGCACCACCGGAUGAGCUGAAGGAGCUUAUUCUUCAGUAUCUGGACAAAAAGAAAGGAAAGCCCCAUCAGCUGGCUGUGGAUUUAGGCUGCGGGACAGGGCAAACCUCUCGCCCUCUGACACCAUACUUUCAGCAGGUGGUGGGCAUUGAUGUCAGUGAAUCACAGGUGGAGGAGGCGAGAGCAGUGCAGGGCUUCCCUAAUCUCACCUACAGAGUAGGCACAGCAGAGGAGCUUCCCUUCCCAGAUGCUUCAGUGGAUCUGCUGACAGCUGCGUCUGCUGCUCAUUGGUUUGAUGCUGAACGUUUCGUCAAGGAGGCCCAGCGUGUCCUGAAACCUCAUGGAUGCUUGGCUCUCUUUGGCUAUAAUGACAGUAUGAAAAUACACCAUGAGUCCUGUGGAGAUCAACUUAAUAUCAUAUAUGAGGAACUGAAGCAAGAACUUCAGCCCUACACAAGCACUAAGGUAACUGGGGCUAGUACUAAGCUAAAGGACCUGUUUGAAGUCAUACCCUUUCCAGAUAAAGAGAGGAUUGAAACUAUUCCCAUAAAGGAACAGCUGAGCGUCAAGAACAUACUUGGCUUUUUUCAGACGUUUUCCAUGUACCAAGCAUAUCUAAGAGCCAAUCCAAAGGCUGCAACUGCACUGUUGGAGAAAACAGCAUCACGAAUUCUGGAAGAGAUAAAAGCAACUUCAACAGAUGCUAAAGUUGACUUUAUGUGGGAGUAUUACUGUGUGCUUGCAUGUAAACCUGAGUGAUACAUGAUUCAAAUCACAUGAUACACCUCUCUUUUACUGUAAUUACAGGUGUUCAGCCACUGUGGUUAAGAAUGUUUAAUUUUGCUUUGUUAAUCAAGUUAGCAAAUUUGUGAGUGAACAAAGCCUGUAUUUUUCAUGAUUUCACAUUAAAAAUUCAGAUUACAACCACUGAGUAUUUGCACUAUCCUAAUGUUCAUUCAAAAUCAUUUACUGUACAGAAUACUUACAUUAAUUGUAAUGUAGGCUAAACAAUAAAAUCUGUUUUUCU